GCACCGAAGCGCUCCGCUUGACAGCGAGUCAACCUUCAACUCACCGAGGCCGAAGUCGACAAACCGAAGAGUUCUUUAUUUUUUAUUUUUUUUCAUCCGUCUUAUUUGUAAAUAUAAUAACAACAAUAACUCCGCCAUGAAAGCCAUCAGCCCGGUUCGCUCAGGGAGGAGCUGCUACAAGGCCGUGUGCUGCAUUUCGGAGCGCAGCGUGGCCAUCGGUCGGACGACGAAGCAGCUGCAGCAGCAGCAGCAGCAGCGCCACGGCUGCGCGGAGGUGCCGGCGACGGCUGCGGGCGACAUGAACGACUGCUACUCGCGCUUGGCGGCGCUGGUGCCCAGCAUCCCCCGCGACAAGACGGUCAGCCAAGUGGAGAUCCUGCAGCACGUCAUCGACUACAUCUUCGACCUGCAGAUCGCCUUGGAGGCCGAAGAGACCCCCGGGCUCUUGUCGAUAAAGACCGCCGACCUGAGCAGAACUUUCUCCAAAGACGAAGGGCGUCUGUGCCAUUAGGAUAAAUCACGUGAUCAUGGUGCAGGGAAACAAACACAUGUCUCCACUUCAGCACAGGCCAGAAGAGCACACGAGUGGGCCGAGGGGUGGGCGGGGGAGGGGGGCGCAAGGUAUGCGGACAGGAUGGGAAAGCGCCGAGUAUUUUUUAUUUUUUUUUUUUUCUGCCGGUUCGGACGCCUCACCGCACCAAAAGCUUCACCGGGCCUCCUCCGUUUUGGAGCCGUUCCUACCUUGGCACCUUCAAAUAUUUGCAUUCCAGCCACCUCCGCCCUCCUCACCCCUGUUUGUUUUCUAAUCUCCAUGCAACCGGUGUACAUAUUUGUGAGGUGUGUAUGCGAGCUGUGUUUUUUGUUUUGUUUUUUGUCCCUCUCCAUUUUUUGUUUUUAAUGACGAUCGUAAUCCAGAAACUCUAUAAUAGAGUUACUUGUAAGCUGUCUGUGGGGAUUGUGGUGUUAUUUCCACGGACGAGAUUCCACUGAGUUUCAUAAACUCGUUAUUGUAAAGGUUUUACGUGUAAAUUCUGUUACGUCGUGAAAUAAACAAUUUCAAACAAACAAAAACGAGGAGGUGUGGUUUGAUGCGUGUUGUGUGAAAGUAUAGAACUUUGCGAAUAGCACAGGAUGUGUACCGGUGGAAAAUCAAUCGAGGUGGAGGGGCGGGUGAGGUUGCUGGUGUGGGUUUCCUGUGAA